AUGCAUACAGUCACUCAUUGGGGCCUUGUGCUGGUGGUUUGGUGCGCAGAUGACAAGGGGAGGGGCUGGGACCUGCCUGUGCAGGAUUCCCUGCAUCUCGUGAGAAAGGCGAAAGACCAGGUGUUGUUCCUGCGGCAACUGGGGGAUGAGCUACUGGAGGCCACCACAUCCUACGAAGAUGCUGCAGCAGCUGCAAGUAUCAUUGCCAGCGCCAGAACCGAAGCCGAUACAACGCUCACCUCCCUGCAUAUCAACUUCGGCUCGCUGUCUGGCGUCCUGCCCUCUCGAAACCAGCCGUCCACAGGACGCGGCAGCAUGCGAAGCAAGCAGAGUGUGAAGGAGUCCAGGGGUGUCAUGGAGAGGUACUCUGCUGCAAAGCGGCACUGCGGCAUGGCCCUGGAAGCUUGGCGGAAGGAGGCGCAGGGAAGGGGCGAGCUGGGCUGUGGUGGAGGGUCUCUGGAUGGUGCUUUGUACUGCCCACGGUUGGUGAAGGAAGGGUGGACAAGUAUGCCCGACUCUUGCCUAAUGGGCCUCAUUUGUUUGACUACAUUUUGGUGUUGUUAUUUUUUUUGUGUUUGCACUUGA